AUGUCUACUGCGACUACGAGGAAGAGUGCAAGGCGAAAGGGGUUGCGGUCUAUUGCGAGCACUUUGCGCGAGCGAAUUGAUGUCAUAGUUAAGGACUUUUCGGAGGAGAAACGAGCAGAAAUUAUUUCUUUACAGACCACUUUAAUUGACACUGUUAAACAGUUAAAGGAGUUAGAUGAAGAGCUAUACGGUGUUUUAUCGGCUGAAGAGAUCGAAACCGACGUUAUGGAGGCUACAGAAUUUUAUCUAUUAGUGAACAUGAGUCUCGCGACUAUUACUACCGCUACCGGACCACAUGUUUCAGCCACAGAAUCGACACGGUCUGUUGAAAAGAAAUCGAUGAGACUACCCAAAAUAGAACUAAGCAAAUUUAAUGGGAACCCUUUGAAUUGGCCCUCGUUUUGGGACCAGUUUAAUUCAGCCAUUAAUGACAAUGACAGUUUGAAUGAAAUUGAUAAAUUUAAUUAUUUGAAGAGAUACGUCGAAGGAACCGCUUUAUCAACUAUUUCUGGGUUAGAAUUGACGAACAGUAAUUACGAAAAUGCUAUAGAGUUGCUUAGAAACCGUUUUGGCAACGAACAGGUGCUCAUUAACGCGCACAUGGAAGCCCUGUUGAAGAUUGAGUCAGUACGAUCAAUGGAUAACACCCAACAAUUGAGAAAACUUUAUAAUGAUGUUGAGAACUGUAUUCGAUAUUUGAAAAAUUUGAAGUAUAAUAGCGAAAUGCUGAGUUUAUUGAUUCCGGUUCUGAACGAAAGAAUUCCCAACGAAUUACAAAAGAUUAUUUCUAGAAACUUUGGAGAGGAGAAGUGGUCCGUUGAAAAGAUGCUUUUUUUUAUCAAUAACGAACUGCAAGCUCGAGAGAGGUGCACUGUAACCGCGAAAGGCAAGGGACAAACUCCCAGUGAAAAUUACAAGAGAGGAGGAAUUUCUACCGCAGACUGCUUAUUGACUUUGGACAGAAAAAAAUGUGUUUUCUGUCACGAUUCUCACUCUCCGUCGAGGUGUUCAAAAGUUACCAACGUACAAACACGUUCGCAAAUUAUGAAAAAGGAAGGGCGUUGCUUUUUAUGCUUGCAGCAUGGACACAUUUCAAAGAACUGUUGUUCAAAUUACAUAUGCAAUAGAUGUGGAAGACGUCACCACAUCUCUUUGUGUAUGAAAGAAAAACGUGCCGAAAGAAAAGAUAAAGACAACAAUGGCUCGGAGGAAAACCCUUCUAACGAAACCAACGCGAAUCACAUCAGCCAAGAAAACAAAGGAAUUCUUUUGCAGACGGCUAAAGCUUUUGUUUCGAAAGAAAGGGAGAGCAGGAACAUACAAACGAGAUUCAUGUUUGAUUCAGGUAGCCAGAGAACAUAUGUCACAAAUGAACUGAAAGAAAAACUGAAUUUCGAAACAAUUCGAAAGGAGAAAUUAAUUAUUAACACUUUUGGCCAUAGCAACAGCCAAUCGAGAGAGCUACCCGUUGUUAAGUUGUAUGUAAAAACCGCUGACCGCUCAUCUACCGUACCCAUCGAAGCCAUUGCCGUACCAAACAUUUGCGCUCCUCUCUUAAAUCAGAAUGCGAAAUAUUACGCUGAUAAUUACGAACACUUGAAGCGGUUGAAAUUAGCAGAUUUUUCAAAUGGUGAAACGAGACUGAAUGUUCACGUUCUGAUUGGUUUAGACCAUUAUUAUUUAUUCAUUACCGGCGAAGUUGUUCGAGAUCCGAGAGGCGGUCCUAUCGCUAUCAAUUCCAAACUUGGCUGGAUUUUGUCCGGAGGUGAACAGUCGAAAGCGAACGAAUCAAGCUGCAUGGAAGUCCACGCCUGCUGUAUCGGUGACGGAGAAAACGAAAACGUAUUAUCUUCUUUUAAACAAACUCUUGAAUUCAACGGUGAACGCUACGUGACCAAAUUACCAUUUCGUCCUGAUCAUGAUAAACUUUCCGAUAAUUUUGCAGUUUCGAAACAACGCUUAGAUUCUCUUGUUAACAAACGAUUACGAAAUGAACCUGAUUUAGCUGUGCAAUACAACGUCGUUUUUGCAGACUACGAAUCGAAACAGAUUAUAGAAAAAGUUCCAGAAAGUGAGAUAGCUUGCGAAAAUGCUCACUACCUUCCGCAUCAUCCGGUUGUACGCCAAGAUAAAAGUACAACGAAAGUUCGUCCUGUUUUUGAUGGAUCUUGUGCCGUUCACAAACCAUCCCUCAAUGACAUUUUGUACUCUGGUCCUAAUUUACUUGCUAAGGUAUUUGACAUUCUGCUGAGAUUCCGUACGAACUACGUCGCUUUAGUUGCUGAUAUUCAACAAGCCUUCUUGAAUAUUGAAAUCGCUGAGAAAGACCGUAAUUAUCUUCGUUUUUUGUGGAAAGAAAACCCUACCGAGAACGAUUCAAAGCUCAUUAUCUAUCGAUUUCUGCGUGUCGUGUUUGGGUUAACGUGCAGUCCGUUUUUACUCAAUGGGACAAUCCAACACCACUUGGAGACUUACGAAAUUAUCUGCCCCGAAAUUACUGAUGUUUUGAAGGAUGACUUGUACGUCGAUGACCUAACAACCGGUACCGAUACCGUAACUGAAGGCAAGAAACUUUACGAAAUUAGUAAACAAAUCAUGAAAGAAGGAGGGUUCAAUUUGCGAAAAUGGGCUACUAAUAACAAUGAAUUACAAACUUUUAUCGAUAAAAUUGAGAACGUGAAUUCUGAACCGAAUAGCGACAAAACUGUUAACCCCAAAGUAUUAGGGAUCGAGUGGGACAUCGACAGAGAUAUUCUAGUGUACCGAUUUGACGAGUUAUUGAAACGAGCGAAAGAACUGUUUCCAACAAAAAGAAACAUUUUACGUAUAUCUGCUUCAUUUUAUGACCCGUUGGGCCUGAUCGCACCAAUCACCACCAAAGUAAAGGUUCUUUUCCAGAAAUGUUGUCAACACAAGUCCGACUGGGAUGAUCCACUGCAAGGGGAACUGCUUAAACAAUGGAGAGAUAUAUUGAACGAUUUUUCGAAUUUACAAACUUUUGAGAUACCACGUUAUUUAUUCUGUGAACCGCGUCAUGAAAUUCAAUCAAUUGAACUGCAUGGAUUUUGUGAUAGCUCGACGAUUGCCUACGCUGCUGUGAUUUAUGCAAAAAUACGAACUAACCUCGGCGUAAGUGUUUCGCUAGUGACUGCUAAAACGAAAGUUGCGCCCCUAAAGCCGCAUUCUGUUCCACGUUUAGAAUUGCUAGGAUGUGCUCUCUUAGCAAAGUUGAUGAGCCAUGUGCUUAAUGCGAUCAAUGGUAGAUUGAAAGUUGAUCGUUUUUUCGGUUGGUCAGAUUCGGAAGUUGCCCUUUGUUGGUUAAAAGGCAAAUUGAAGCAGUGGAAGCCAUGGGUAGAAAACAGAGUUGUUUAUGUUCGAUCAGUCAUUCCAUCGGAAUCAUGGUUUCACGUUUCCACCAUUCAUAACCCCAGUGAUAUACCUACCAGACCAGACAAAAUUGGUGACUUCAAUUCAAAUUUGUGGUUAAACGGUCCUGAAUUUCUGUCUGAUUCCAGCUUUGUUCCACCUGAGUUUCAUGUCAACAAACAUUCAUUCGAUGUUUUGUCAGAAGAGAAGAAAAGUCAUGUCACUACUAACAUUAGUCAUUCCACUCAUCAUUGUCAUUCGCAGUUACAUGAUAUUAUAGACGAGACUAAGUUUAGCUCACUGAAAAAGCUUAUAACUACCAUUGGAUAUGUUUACAGAUUUGCGAAUAAAUUGUUAAAUCGAAUUCGAAAAAGAGACUUAUCAGUAUGCAACGAUCGUGAACUGUCGACUCAAGAAUACAAAAGUGCAUUUGAUAUUUUGAUUACAAACAAUCAACGAAAACUUCGAAACAACCAAAACUACUUCAACAAACUUUCGUCCGCCCUGAAGUUGUUUGAAGAUGAGAAAGGAGAUUUACGUGUUAAAGGACGUUUUGGUGAGAAUAAAAAGCUUUCAUAUGACGAAAGGUAUCCGUUGAUUCUUUCGAGUGAUUCACAUUUUACAAAACUUCUGGUUGAAGAUGCCCACGAAAAAACAUUUCAUCAAGGCGUAGAAGCGACACUCCACAUGUUACGAAUGAAGUUUUGGAUUCCGAAAGGUAGACGCACAAUCAAAUCCAUUUUACGACAGUGCAUUGUUUGUCGACGAUACCAAGGCAAACCUAUUAAAUCACCACCGACUCCAGAUCUACCAGAAUACAGGUAUUGCGCUUCGAGAGCUUUUGAACACGUUGGGUUCGAUCAUGCUGGUCCACUCUACAUUCGUACCGAGAACCGAAACACGACAAAGGUAUACGUAUUAAUACUUACAUGUGCUACUACUAGAGCUGUGCACUUUGAGCUUUCACCCGAUUUAAAGACGCCAGCGUUCAUUAGAGCUUUCAAAAGAUUUCAAUCCAGAAGAGGAACGCCUGCUACGGUUGUGCAUGAUAACUUUAAAACGUUUAAAUCUAACCAUGUAAAAAGAUUUAUGAGACAUGAGUCUAUUGAAACUAACCCGAUUGAUUUUAUGAAAGGAUCGUCAGAUCAAUGA